CAGCUGGACGACCUCGGAAACGCCCCCGGAACAAUUUAGCAGGCGGACUCCCUCCUCCCAGUUUUCUAUUUCCGUACCCGUCCCCAACCACCCGCGCCCCCCGCUUUCCAUGGCCGCAGCGGCCGGAUGAUGUCUAGAAAGCCCCUCCUCCCCUGCCGCGGGCCCACCACAACCCCUCCCGCCCAGCUCCUCCUCCCAAUCCGCCGCCUCCUCCUCCUUCCCCGCCGCCGCGCGCCCUCGUCGCCACCGCCGUCGCCGGUCGACCGACGGAGGCCCGCUAUGGCCGGCGCCGGCCAGUCCGUGGCCUCGACGGCCGCGGCCGCGUCGGUGUCGGCCGGCGGGGCCACCUCCUUCCGGGUCGGCAUGGUGCGGGUUGUCUCGUUCCUCGUGGGCGGCCUCAAUUUCGCGGUGCUGCUGCUCGGGCUAUACCUCAUCGACGCCGUGCUCCCGCCAGGCUGUGGUAGCGGGCUCGCGCUCGCCUCCGUACCCGCCAUGGCCGGGGUCAGGGUGCUCGCCAUGCUGGGCACCGCGAGAGCCCAGCACGCCACGGCGGAUGCCAUUGCUCGCCGCCACCUCGACGAGGGGGCCGCCUCCGUCGCCGAGGACGUCGUAGCUCGCCACGAGAUCAGGGUGAGGUAUAAAUGCUGGUUGUGGUGGACUAGAUUGGGUAUGGCUGUUGGUGCAUUGCAGCUUGUUGGGGCAAUUUAUCUCAUGUUUGUCAUUGUGAGAGAUCUUCCAAAUGAAAGAAGAUCCACAUCCUGUUUCUUUGGACAGGAUGAAAAUGACCGGAUCUCAAAGCGAGCAAUAAUUGCUCUGUUUCUUAUCCUUUCCUGGGUUGUGGUCAUCGUUCAGUGCUUCACGGGUUCUGAUAUAUUGAGAUGGCGAUCGUUCUAUGCAACACAUGAUAUGGCAUGGAAAGCUCAUUACAGGGAAGUGUUUGAUCAUGGAAUUCGUGAAGCUUUAUGCUGCCUAGGGCGUGCGAAGUAUCUAACUGUAUUGGAAGAAGACGAGGUCUAUUCAGUGGCAAGACUUCUGGGUGAUUUGGUUGCAUAUCGUGCUUCUGGAACAGGCCAUUUGGAACUGAUAGCAGGGCUUGCUCUAUUGCAGAAGCAUGGGAAUUUGCCUGAUUUGCAAACUGACCUCGUGGAGGCACCUCAUAUGCUCAUGCAAGAAGCUGUUAUUCUCCAUCCAUUUGCAGAAGCAUGUUACACGGGGCCACUUCUUGAUGUCGGAAGAAAUCCCAUUUUGUUUCCCUGUGCAUGGGUUUAUAGACAGGGCGUUUUAACUCCAUGGGCUCGCAGAAGGCGCCCUGCACUUGAUGGUGAUAAUUGGUGGCGAGGGCAUGCUGCAGCUUUCCUUGGGUUUGUUGAUAUAGCACCUACAGCGCUGGUUCGAGGCCGUGUUCGUCAGAGCAAGCGUGAAGCUGCUUACUUUGUUGUGGUCCUCCAUGACAAAAGAACGGUUCUUAUUGGGGUGCGUGGGACAGAGACACCAGAGGAUCUCCUAACUGAUGGACUAUGCAGAGAAUGCUCUUUCACUAGGGAAGAUUUGGAUGGACUAAUAAAUAGUGACCAAUUACCUGUAACUACGAGGGAGAGAGUUAUCUCUACAUUCCCACACUAUGGACAUGGUGGAAUUGUAGAGGCUGCUAGGGAGCUUUUCAUGCAACUCAACGACUGCACAGGAGAGCACACGCCCUCCAGAAAACCUGGAUUUCUUUCUAUGCUGCUCCGGGAGGGCAGUGAGUGUCAAGGGUAUAAAAUUCGUCUUGUUGGGCAUUCUUUAGGAGGUGCUGUUGCUACAGUCCUAGGAAUGAUGCUUUUUGGCAGAUAUCCAGACGUGCAUGUGUAUGCGUAUGGUCCACUUCCUUGUGUGGAUUUUGUAAUAGCUGAAGCCUGUUCUCAGUUUGUUACAACCAUUGUGAACAAUGAUGAAUUUUCUUCUCGCCUUUCAAUCAACUCAAUCCUCAGGCUACGAUCUGCUGCAAUAAGUGCUCUUUCAGAUAACUCUCCAGCUGAUACAGCAAUGAUACAAAAACUUGCUCGCAGAAUUUUAAAUAUGAAUAAGUAUCAGGGUAAUGCUCCUGACAUUGUUGAGGAAUACGUUGACAAUCACGGAAGGCUAGCAGGUAGCCACACUUUUGAAGGGAGGGCAGUGACUAAUGAAAGACGAUUUCAACACCAGGGCGCAUUAUGCAAUAGUGAGCCAGACCUCCAAGAUUUGCAAAAUGGCUUUGGUGGUUACCAUGGAUCCAGUUCAUCGGUAGAUGAGCACAGGAGCUAUCAAAGCAUAAGCAUUGAUCAGGAUGUCCGGAGAAUUCCACUUGAUGGACAAGAUUCUGGCUUGGAAGAGCAUCAGACAUCUUAUGGGGAAAUACCAGUGGAGCCUCCAGAGAUGUUUCUUCCAGGCUUAAUCAUUCACAUUGUGCGGCAAAGAAGAGGCCUAUUUCCUCUUUGGAAAUGCUGGAACUUCCAGGAAGCUGAACCACCAUAUAAAGCUGUUUUGGCUAAAAGAGAAAACUUCAAGGAUAUCGAUGUUUCUCCUUCCAUGUUUGUGGACCACUUACCAUGGAGGUGUCGUUGUGCUAUGCAAAGAACUCUGGAAGUCCAGACGUCAAAGAGCUCAAUUAUUUCUGAUUCACCUGUACAACAUUUGGUCUGACCAGGACAAAAUUGUCCACCCAUGCUUUAAUACUAAAGGAGCAAAUCGUCCUGUACAGCGAAGACGUUUGUGUACUCUGGCGAUGGCCCCACUGAUUAUCUGAAAGGAAAUCUGUUGACUUCAUACGUGGCAAUACAUCAUAUCGACAAUAUCCUCAACUGGCAAUGUUUUUCAUUGAUCGUCGGUGCGCCCCCCCUGCUAAUACUGGAUUGCUUCAUUAUUCUGCAGCGAAGCCUGCUUGUUCAUAUCCAUUUUUUCAAUUCAUGCCAAGUUAACAUGAUAUACAUAUUCUUACAGCAGAGUUAGCUAGUUUUACUGACUUAACAAGUGACAAUCUAAGUGUGAUUACUUAACCCAGAGCUUAAUGAAAGUUAUCAAUAAGAUUGUUCUGUUCUCCA